AUGCGUUUAUCGGCUAUAAUUAUAUUCAACUCAGAGCGGCCUAACAUUCAACAGCCGGAACUUAUUAAACUACAACAAUACAUUUAUAUGCAUUUACUUAAACGCUAUUUCUAUAUGAGAUAUCAGUCGGAAAGUGAAGCCAAAGUAAGACUAUUGAGACUAAUGGAUAGUUUGCAUAAAAUACGGUUAUUAAGUGAUAUUCAUGCAACCAAUUACUACGUACACCGGCCCACACAUGUCGGUCCUAUUCUUCAGGAAGUAUUCAAUCGCUGA